GCUCAGAGACUGCAGACAUACUACAGGUGAUGUUCAGAGACUACAGACCUACUACAGGAGAAGAUCAGAGACUACAGACAUACUACAGGGGAUGGUCAGAGACUACAGACAUACUACAGGAGAUGGUCAGAGACUGCAGACAUACUACAGGGGAUGGUCAGAGACUGCAGAUAUACUACAGGGGAUGGUCAGAGACUACAGAUAUACUACAGGAGAUGGUCAGAGACUGCAGACAUACUACAGGAGGUGGUCAGAGACUGCAGACAUACUACAGGGGAUGGUCA